CAGGGGCUCGUACAGCUGCGGUAGAGAUUGCACAACUGCGCCGCUAGCUUAUGAACACGUCCGCAAUCUAGCGCAGCUUCUUCAAAUAGACGCAGUGGGGACUUUACGAGAACUUGUCGAAAGCGGGUCGCUAGCGCUGGGGUUACAUUUCUUAACUUCAUGCAGACAUCUCUACGUAGACCGAACAUCUAAUUCAGCGCGUUGUGCAAGACGAAGAAGAAGAAGAAGAGAACUGACAGGUAAGUGGUGCCCGUGAAUCAUUUCAACGAUUUCGCUUAACGCCGUGUUACUAAACGCCGACUGUGGUGAACGCGUUCAAAAGUAACGGUUGUUCAAGAGAAGAGCACGGCGCAAUGUGGAGAAAUAACAGCGACCUGCAGGACAACGCAAGCCAAUGCAUCCUACGUCAUAGUGCUCAUGGGCAAGCGGGUUUCUCGAGGUGCAAUCCACUGAGAGAGCGUGCAAUAAAUUAUAAAGCGGGAUAACCGCUUAUGCUGCUCGCUAAUCUGAUUGUAAGGAAGCUGAUUCCAACGACCCGAGUCGCUCUAAGCUCUACAGUUAUGUGUCAGUGUGCGGGCCGUGACAACUUAUUGUUUAGGCAUUGCGCGAAAGCAGCACUCAUCAAAGGCAUUAGACGAAUGGUGCCUGAAGUGUGGUUGACCACACCCCAUGUCUGUUGUGUAUCUCCAUGAGAGCAGGAAACAGCUUCUUGGCUUGGGGAUUCAUUGUGUAUAGCGAAGGAGAUCGCGUACCAGAGACGAGCCUCAGCAAAUACAGACCAAAAACUAAAAAAAAAAAGAACCGCAACAUUGGAUCAAAGUGCAACAGCCAAUUUGACGGUUCUAAAAAUUUGCGUGCUAAAAAUACCUCGGUGCAGCCAAUUUAGCAGCAAUAUGUGCAUGUGUGUCGCGACGUAAGAAGAUGCCUCAUAGACUACCUGAAGUGAAAUGAAACUAUCUCAUGUGACUCUUUAUCUUCUUUUUCAGUCAUGUCUCUUGUGAAAAACCGCAUUGUGCACUCCCCUUAUCCACCUCUCGAUAUCCCAGAAUGCACGCUAUACAAUUUCAUAGCGGAAAAGCUGAAGAAACACGCAGAGAAGACAGCUUAUAUUGAAGGCACCGAGACCACAAGUUUCGCCGAACUACUGAAGCUUGUGCGCCAGUUUGCGACGGGAUUCCAAAAGAGCGGCGUCUGCCGUGGGGACCGCGUCAUCUUGGCUCUCAACAACACGACCGACGGGCUUGUCGCCAUCCUGUCGCUCAUGUUCUCCGGCUGCGUCGUCUGCUUUUCUAGUGGCCCAAGAACUAAACAGGAGUUGGUGUACCAUGCGAAGGAUGCCAAGGCGGAAUAUUGUCUCGUGGACGCCGAUCAGUUGCCGAUGUUCGUAGAACACCAGAAAGAGUGCAACUUCAAGGUGAGAUAUUACAGUCGAGCUUUUGUGACAGGAGCCUUUUAUUACGGGAAGCUCGCAUGUAAAAACGUUUCUUAUCGAUUCUAGCAGGGGCGGUUCCCCCAAGUUAUUUGUUUCUUUAAUACGAAGCCCCCUUUGCCUCUUGGGAAA